CGAUAAACAUUAAACAGACGUCAUUGGACGUCAUUUUACAAUCUUUUGACGGCGUUGCGCAAAAUUAUAAUUUUUGACUCUCACUCAUUGCGGCUGCCAUGUUUUUUUUCAUGUGGGGUGUGUGUGUAUAGAAAUUAUCAUGAUAAUUUCCCCAUAUAAACUACUAAUGUAAGGGGUGCACUAAGUGCGUCAUUCGUCAAUAGCUAGUGACAAUGAGCAAAUACUAACGCGACCGCCAAACUGAAAACGGAGCGAAAAAACACUAGCAAAGAAAAGGCCAAAGAAACAAGAAUGUAUUAGUAAGGUGGCAUCAUAAAGGAUCGAUAUUAACACACGGCCCCCGGCGAUUGAAAAAUGGACACUCGAUUUCUGAGCAUGAUGAUUGUGUUUGAUAGCGACAGAUAUUCUACCGGGCAGGAUGCGUAAGCAUAAGAGAGGGAGCCAGGCUCCUGCCUGCUGGCCCACCACGGCGCGGGAACUGCACCAAACUUCACGCGACUUCUGAUACUUGCCAACUUCAAACAGAGGAUAUGCAGUGCCCAAUUGUUCAGGAAAGGGAUGGUAACCGCGGGAACGUUAAAAUGAAGACGAUUAACAGUUUUAAGAAUCCUUACAGACAGGAGUCUAAUCUGGACAACAUUGUUGAUCAGCUGUGCAUAAGACUUCAAGAUAUCAAAGAUCAAGAAGGCGCAUCACUCGUAGGCAUGCCCACUUGUUCUCUAGAACAAACAGAGGCUGUGCGUCGAUACUACGCAGCUUUCCCGGCUCUGAAGAAAGGAGAAGAGUCGCCAUUGCAGUACUAUCUGCCGCCACCCGCCUGGUGUCGCAAGGCUGCCCCGCAAGCAAAAGUCAAAAUGCAAAGUGAACUGCUGAUGUCCAAGGAUUGGAAUUCCAAAAACAAGAAGUAUUCAUUGGGUAAAGAGCGCCGGAACUCGUAUCACGGGCAGAAGAAGAGCAACAGGAAGCGCUACAAUAGCUACAGCCGCUCCUCGGAGAGCAAGGAGAACCUGCCCGAGUGGGUGACGCACGAGGAGGCGUGGGACAUGGAGAGCCAGGACCCCGUCACGGAGUUCAUCCGCGCCCUCGCGCUGGACGAGGGCUACGGCACCUGCGAGAACACGCUCACGGACGAGAUCAAGGAGCUGACGCAGGCGCGCGCCGUGCCCGACUGGGACGACAGCCUCGACCUCGACGCCGACUGGGUGCUCACCGACGACCUGGCGCCGCGCGCGCGCUCGCCCGUGGAGCAGGAGCUCUACGCCAAGUUCGAGGCCAAGUUCGACCGCAGCAUCGAGGCGCUGUGGGCCAAGGACCAGAGCACGCCCGACGACGACUACCAGGACCUGCCCAUCGACUUCCAGGACCUGCUCUCCUCGCCCUCCGACCGCCUGUUCGCCGACCCCUCCGCCGAGAAGUGCAGCCUCGUGUCGCUCGCCGAGAGCAUCUGGUCCGCCGAGCGCGCCGACUCGCCCACGCGCAUCGCCGAGCGCCUGCGCCCGCUCACCAUCGAGGACGCGGAGCCGCCCUGCCCGCGCGAGAUCGAGUCCUUCACGCUGUACGACGGCGACGAGCUGUACGACGCGCUGUCCACCGUGGCGCAGACCAUGCGCUCCUUCACCGCCAUCAACCACAGCCGCGACCGCAGCGGCUUCGUCGAGGUGCCGCCGCGCCGUCGGGCCGAGCCCGCGCCCGCGCCGCCCGCCGCGCCUGCGCGCCGAGCCUCGCCCGUCGAGCGCGACGACGCGCUCACCGCGGCGCGCACGCACUUUCGCCCCAUCCGCCGCGAGGCCGAGGCGGAGCCCGCGCGCUACGCCGACGGCGACACGUUCGACAUCCGCGGCGACCUCGACCCCGUCGAGUUCCGGCGCAGCGAUUCGGGUGGCGUGUACCUGGAGGGCACGCGCGAGCGCUACCUCGAGUACCGCGCGGCGCGCAGCAUCGACUACGGGCGGCUCAACCUGACGCCCGCGCAGCGUUGCCCCGACCUCGACGACCCGGGCUUCCGGUUACGCUUUCCGGUGCGCCAAACGGAUGCAGCCGUGCAGACGGAGCGCCGCGCCGCGCAAUGGGAGUGCGACGAGUGUGGCGGCUGCGCCAAGAAGAUGCGGCCGAGCGCCAUCCGCAGCAUCUGGAGCGAGCACGCGUGUCGCUGCGCGGAAGGUGUGGGCGUGGGCGGCGGGGCGGAGCGCGCGGCCGCGCCGCCGCCCGACGAGCUGUCGCGCGAGUGGGAGGAGCUGCUGCAGGACAUCAGCACGGCGCACCGCCUCUACGCCGGCGAGGCGAGCGAGGCGGACGAGCCGCCGAGCGCGGACCGCAAGCGCCGCCACAGCGCCGCGCUCCGCUGUGCCGCGCCGUGCUCGCACCCGCACGCGCGCUUCCUGCACUGCUGCGCCGCCGCGCUCGACCGCCCGCUCACGCGCUGACCCGCCUGCGAGCCGAGACAUUCGACACUCGCUCUUGUUUGAUCAACCCGUUAUGUAAUUCUUAAGUUUUUUAGUUCUUCAGAUGUUUCCUCUGCAAAGUCGCUAAUUCUGCAACGACUCCCUUACGUUGAACGCGUUGCAAUAUUUUUGACCUAUAGUGCCUUGUCCGGAAUGGCUCCCAGAUGAUUUGAUGUAAAAAAAAUUGACAAAUUUUUCACCAAGAAAAUGCUCUUUGACGUCCUUUCAGAGGAUCGAAUGUCUCGGUGAGCGCAGCCGUCGACAUUGUUUCGGUGAACCGUUUCGGGUGAUGUUUUGUUCCGCGUGCGACAUUUUACCGUUUAGCAGAUAGAUUCAUGUGCUAGUGGCGAGUUACACGAGCGGAGGCCACUUUGAGGCAGUAUUCACAGAAACUCGAAAUAGUAUUAGCGACCCAUCCUCCUCCAUCGACUAGCGAUCCACAAAGGAAACCUAUCGGCCUUCCGAACUGGUAAUUACGAAACCACAACUUCGUUACGUGAAUAUUGUGUCAAGGUGGCCUCUAUCGAUUAUUUCCUUUACUGAACGAUUGUAUUCCGUUCACUGUAUAUAUCGUCUAUCGAAGCUAUUCUUGUUCGACAUAAAUAUUUAAAAGUAAUAUUUAGUGAUUCUCUAUUGUUACGCUCACACGCGCGUGCGAGUAACAGAAGAGGGCAUGCAAUAUAAAAUCGCAAAUGAUUCAAACUCGACAGCUGUUAAUGCACUCGAGGUUACGAGUCUACUGACUUUGCGCUUUUCGAGUGUCAUUAAAAUUCGGAAUUUUAGCAAUAAUAAAUAAUAGUUAUAUUAGAACCCCUUGACAUGGCGAAUGGAACAGUCGAGCUACGAGAAGGCUAUGUACCAACAUAUCGUACGAUAUUUAGAUGUUGAGGGAUGGAAUAUAAUAAAUCAAUAUUUUAGUUCAAUGUUUUCUUUGUAGCGAUUUUAUAUUGAUGUAGGCGUGUUCGAUGAAAUGCUGACGCUUUUAUUUUUUUAUUUUAUAUUUUAUAC